AUGGAGAAGACUUUGAAUAGAAUUCAUCCAGUUUCUGAUCCAGAAGCAACGUAUUUUCUACAAGUAUCAUGGGAAAAAGAUUUGGGCACUGGCUUCGGUAUAAUACUUAGUGAUGGCCAAUGUGCAUGGACCGGGACAGUGUCUGAAGCUGAAAUUUCUAGGGAGGCUGCUGACAUGGAAAUGAAGCGAGAAAAGUAUGUCGAAGAACUGAAGAAAGCAUUGAUAGCUGGAGAAGAAUCAGCUGGCAAAUACAACUUUGUUAUUUCAAGAGAUGAAGAAAAUAUGGAGUGUCACUUCUCCUAUGAAAGAAAUCUGAAAGAUGGCUCU